UGGUGUUGGGGGAAGGGGCGUCACCAUCUGUUCUUAAUUCCCUGGUCAUUGGAUUAGUAGCCCUUAGUGAUGAGAUCAGCAGGAUCAGCUUUCCCGAUGGGGCACUGCACUCGCUUCAGCUGCAGGCUCUUCCCAUCUGGGCUGUCUCUCUGGAGGGGAGAGACAGAAAGAGGAAUCUGAGGCAUGAAGUAAAUUAGCCUUUGAAGGAGCAACAAAACCAGGUCUGCAGAGGGCAGGAGGACGGUGUUCAGAGGCCAGUUUUCUUUUGUGGGGAGUGACGGCACUUUUUCUGCGGGAACAGUUGUGAAGUGUUUCCUGGCUAUGCUGGGUUGCUUCGAUUUUCUAUUACAAGCUUGUAUCCUACUGAGUAAGGAAGUGUCUUUUCCCCGUCUUUCCUCUGGCUUGUAUGUUUGGAGCCCCAGCACACAUUACACAGAUGUGGCUCUCUCACACUUCGUUAAGCAGCCUUCAACUAGAUCUUUGCUUUUAAACCUGUCUCUUCGGAAGGAUUUGCUUGUGCUAAACUACAGCUGCCAGCGUUUGGAAGCUUAGAUCGGUUGCCGUUCAAGAGGAAAAUAUUGUUUAAGGAAAUACUUUUGCGAGUCACAGCUCCUUUUUCUGUUUUGUUUACUUGUGGUUCGACCUUUCCCUCUGGAUUUUUGUAUUCCCAUAACGGACCAGCCUAAGAGGUGCUUUAAUAUUUUUAUGGAGUGUUUUUUCUCUGAAACCAUUGCUGCUAAAGGGCUCCAAACGGGAGAAAUAAAUCCAGUCUGCUUGUCGAGUCCCUGGCUCAGCGUGCAAGUGCUUUCAUGAGGUAACAUUGGGCCAAAGUCAACCUUUCUUUCUCCUUUCUGAAUCUGCAGCCAAGAAAUGGGCCAGAAAAUCUCAGGGAGCAUAAAGUCUGUGGAUGUGAGGGAGCCCCCUUAUAGACCUGUUAAACGAGAGCUGAGGGGACCAGAUUUUUGCAAGCCUGCUCGACUGGACAUGCUGCUGGAUAUGCCCCCUUCCCAACUGGAGGUCCAGUAUAAACAUGCUUGGAACAAUGAAGAUCGAUCUUUAAAUAUAUUUGUAAAAGAGGAUGACAAACUAACUUUUCAUAGGCACCCAGUUGCCCAAAGCACAGAUUGCAUCCGGGGCAAAGUUGGCUACACAAGAGGCCUACAUGUCUGGCAAAUUCACUGGCCCACUAGGCAACGAGGAACACAUGCUGUGGUGGGUGUAUCAACAGCAGAAGCUCCAUUACAUUCUGUAGGAUAUACAUCAUUGGUUGGUAGCAAUAGUGAAUCAUGGGGCUGGGAUCUGGGACGUAACAAACUUUAUCACAAUUGUAAAAACCAGCCUGGGGUGACGUAUCCUGUUUUUUUGGAACCAGAUGAGUCUUUUGUACUCCCAGACUCCUUAUUGGUAGUUUUGGAUAUGGAUGAAGGAACGCUUAGCUUCAUUGUAGAUGGACAGUAUCUUGGAGUGGCCUUCCGAGGACUGAAAGGGAAAAAACUUUACCCUGUAGUCAGUGCAGUUUGGGGGCACUGUGAAAUUACAAUGAGAUACAUCAAUGGACUUGAUCCGGAACCCCUGCCUUUAAUGGACUUGUGCCGAAGAUCAAUUCGCUUUGCUCUUGGCAGAGAUCGCCUGCAUGACAUAGAAUCUCUACCUUUGCCCCAGUCUCUGAAAAAUUAUUUACAGUAUCAAUAAGAAGUCUUAGAACCCUUUUUCUGGCCUCACGUUGGACUAAAUCAAUGCAAAUAGCAGAAAUUAUUGUUUACAUCAAAAUAGAAAUCUUUGUGGUGGACACUUGAGUGUUAUUUAAGUUUUAAUAUAUGUAUUUUUUUUUCUGAAUCAACUGAAGCAGAACAAACUGGGGAAUACUAACGUACACAAAAAACAUCAAUUUGAUCUAGAUUCACAAAUUAUCUGUUGCCUAUAGGACAGUAUCCAAGAUUGAAUUCUCCCAGUCAGAUCCUUAGCUGGCACUUAUUGGCUUAGCUCCAUUGACUUCCGGUAGACACCAGCUGAAAAUCUGGCCCCUAAGAGUUAUCCUUAUGCAGAAUAGCAUCCUUUGAAUAAUGUGGUUACUAGUGAUAGAAAUAACAUUGUGUUAAGUUAACAAUAAUGUCUAAAUCUUAAAAUUUGAUGUUCAGAGGUGCUGAGUAAUCAUUUUAUCUGGAGUCUUGAAUACUUAGCCCUUAAUGUGUUAGAGGACUUAUCAUGUCUAAAAUAUAUGAAGUAAGUCAUUAUAUAGAACACCAUUGCUGGAUUUAAAGGUACAUGAGAAAAAUUGUUCCUGAAGAGUGGAAGGUCAACUAAAUUGGAUAUAGUAAUAAAGUCAUUGCAGUCCAAUGUUUUCAAGACCAAAUUUCAUUCCUCCAAAGUUUUGCAUAGUUUAUAACAACAAAGCUGUUCACUAUCUUGAGAUUUUAGGAUAUUCACAUUUUAAGAAGCCUGUCACUUUUUUAUUUGAACAAAUUUAUUUUUUUUUGCGUUAUACCAACUCUAAAUACUUCUGCUCUCUUUUUAAUGUAUGUGUGAUAUAUUGUUUAUUUAUCUGUUUAACGUCUGUGGAGUCCUCAUUUAACUGUUUCCAUCUUGGAAGGAGUGAUUUACUUCCCCCAAACCCCAGAUGUAUACAUUUUUCAGGCUCAACCUGUUUGUAAAGAUGCUGCUUUCUACUUGCAUUUCUUAUGUUUCAAGUUAUCUGCCUGAUCAGUUAUCUAGUUUUUAAACUGGAAGUUGUUGUAAUGGCAGGAUGUUGACUGUUGAGACUUAACUGCCUUCAGCAUAUUUUAAUGUGAAUUUACUGAUGAAUGAGGAGAAAAUUUCUAAUAAAGUCUACUGUCCAAAAU